UAAAGCAAGGUCUUUCUCUUCCCUCCUUCACAGCCUACUGCACGCAUGCCGCAGACUCUCUCCUUCACGGGAAAGGACAUCCUCAACGGUCAGCUCGUCGACGGCGAACAUGCCGUAUACGACGUCGCCACUACAGGUGGACUCCUUGGUCGCAAGGUAACCACCCUACAGGCGGCUGGCGGGUCUCUGUUGGCGACACUACACUGGCGCAAGCGUUGCCUGGAUGUUAGAGGGCAGAUUCUGUCCAUCGACGAUCAUGUGAGGCCGCACGAGAAGGCCAGGUUAUGGCAAUGGAACAACGCAACAUACGAGGUGCAGUUCAUGCCUGGCGAGUGGACAGUUAAGGCUCCUUCGGGCGAUGUCCUCGCGCGCUUUCGCCCUACCCACAUACCCGGCAAGAAGCAGCCUCACAUCGUUUGGGAGCGGGAGCUCUCGGCAGCGGACGCCGCUUUCCUCAUUCUUGCACUCUUGUACUCGGAGAAGAAGUGGAAGCCGUUCCUGCAAUAUACAGAACCAGAAUCUGGAGCGAAUGCAAAUGCGGAUGGCCAGGUCUACUUCGCUGCUACAUACGAUCAGAACCCAUCUCGCGGUGUCUAUGGUGGGUAUAUAGGCGGCUCGGAGAGUAACAACGAGAAUGCGGGCUUUGCUGGGUAACGCUACGGUUUGUGUAACUGGCAAUGUUGACCCACUCGUCGGGUGCCAGUGGCUUCAUCGAGAAAUCCGCUAUUUCUUGGUUCUCAGAUUUUCCCGGUAGCGUAAGGAAGACAUGC